UACGUGGUCGAGAUUGCAGAUUCGUUUUUACUGAGAGAUUCGAUAUCCUUAAAAAAACAGAGUCGAAAAAAUUCACGCGAUCCUCCGAAACGGACGCAAUGUAGCGCGCCCUAAGCACGCAACGUUCCUGGCUCUCCUGGUGCUGGGUGUCGUCCCUUGUGCUUGAUGUCCGAGCGUCCUGUUGCACGUGUCGCAGCUUAGACGAGCUGUCGCACGUGUCGCCAGCGCCAAGUCGCCCCUCUGGUCGCGCAAAGAGCCUCGCUGUGCCCAUGGCGUACCGUCAGCCACUCACCUGCCCACGUGUUCCGCUGUUUCUCGCAGCGGCAGUGCUCCUGCUGCUCGCACGCGCAACGCCACGUGGAACAGCGUCCGGGCAGCCCGAAAUCUCAGUGGGUGGGGAGGCGGGGCCCGAGCACGCCAUGUCGCUCUAUCGGGCCUGGACGGAUGCCUACGGGCUCUCCCCCGACUCGCUGCUGCCCCCCUCCUCCGUCUCCCUUCCGCCCUCCCUAUCCCCCGCCCCUCAUCUCGAGGACUGCGCCGCGCUCACAGCCCUGCGCCAGCAGGCGGAGCAGUGGGGGGAAGGGGGGAAAGAGGGGGAGAAGGGGAAGGAAGGGGAGGUUGACCCGCCUGCGUGGGCGAGGCCCGUGGACUCCUGCAACCCCACGCCCUACCCGCCCUGGGUGCGGGGGACGGACGCGGCCAAUCUGGCGAUGACACGCGUCGUGCAGCGGGACAUCUGGGCGAACCAGUUCCCUGGCGGCCCCUCCUGUGCUGGCAGGCGCCUCCUGGUCGUGUCGUGGGCGCCGGACCACAAGCACGGCGUGGGCUCGCAGGUGCAUGUAAUGAGCUCCUUCCUCAGCAUUGCCAUGCGCUACAAUCGCACCCUCGUCCCCGACCCUCUCAACUAUAACAGGGCAUACACAAACGAGUGUGCAGACAUGAACCAGUCCGGCAGGUGGGAGUGCUACUUCUUCCCGCUGGUGGCGUCUGACUGCGAGCGCGUGGUGCUGGCGGCCAAGGAUGCCAACAGUGUGGAGUGGAGCAACGCGGGCAUCGGGGCGCUGUGUGCGUCGCAGCACAGAGUGGUAGGCGUGCUGGGCACGCCGUACCUCGAGCUGGACCACGAGGCGGGCAUCGCGCAGCGGUGGGGGCUACCCCAUUUGGACCGCCCCAGCACUGUCUGGUUUCCACCUGGCGCCGCCCACAACAACGAGAGGACGCCUCAGGUCCAUUGGUGGCGGGCGCAGGCGGUGCGCUUCAUGCUGAGGUGGCCAUCAGCCCAUCUCUGCCAUGUCAUCAACCGACAGAGGCACACCGCCUACGGCAUGCACGUAGCCAAUCGCAUCGCUCGCUUCGCGGAGACGCAGUCAGAGCUACUGGCUGCCAUCAAAGCCGCCUCACAAGCCAACUCAAGUGCCAGCAGCGGCAGCGGCAGCAGCAGUGAUGCGAUUGCCACCAUGGCAGCAGCGAGGCUGCCUGCGGAAGCUGCAGCGUUGGGGGGGAUUUCAUUUGCGUCACCGGACAUUCAAGCAGCCCUGGCGCACACGCCAUGGGCGUACGAGGCUCCGCCAUCUCCUCUGCCGCACGACCAAGCAGAGGAGCAGAGGGGGCUGGAGGGAGUGGGUGUGCCUGAGGGGGGCGAGGGGAGUGGCGGUGGCAGCAGGUGUGGGGCGGAGCGGAGAGGCCACAGCAUUGCAGCUGAGGCAGUGAGAAGGCUGGCUGCUCAGGUGGGGCGGGACGCAUACAUGGUGCGGCCGCUGGUGGCGGUGCAUGUGAGGCAGAGCGACAAGGAGGAGGAGAUGGAGCUGCUGCCGCUGCCCACCUACCUGUACUACGCGCACCACCUCAGACACCUCCUGCCCGACCUGCGCCACCUGUGGAUCAACACUGAGUCCCAGGCUGUGAUUGACAGUCUCACUUCGUACCGGGAUUGGACGUUUCUCUACAGCAAGAACGCUCGGCAAACGUCCACGUCCCACAACACACGAGAGUACGAUGAUAAGCAGUCAGUGGCUGAGAGCUUUGCAAGUGUGCUUAUAGCGUCGCAAGCUGACUUGUUUAUCGGCACACUGGGCUCAAAUUGGAGUCGAUUAAAGAACGAGCUGCGCUCAACGAAUGGGCGGCUUUUCAACCCCUUCAUUGCGCUCAACGAUGGAGAGUGGUGAUUUAUAACGACUGGAAUACUGUUCAGCCUCUCCCCAAAAUAGCGGAGGAUCAAGAUUUGAAGACUCAUGCGGUGAAUUGUUUGAAUUGCAGAAUGAAUGGAAAGGUCCUUCUAUACUUGUUGGAAAUAUCUCGAGGACUUGAGCGUUUCUGAAGUGUAACACCACACUCGAGGAAGAUUGUAACGGGUUGACCGACGAGAGUCCCUGUUUCUGCUUCACGGCUACUCUGCUACUCCGCUUCCUCUGCUUCACUGCUACUGAUGGGUCCCCAAGGAAUCAAGAACUGUGAUGACCGCUGCUGCUGUACGAGAACCUGUUGGAACUGCAGUUGGUCAGAAUUCAAUGCCAACAUUUUGGAAGUCAGUUUCUUCUGGAUGUUGCCAAGGUCCAAGAAAUAACACUCUCUAAGAAGAUCCAGUAGUCCCUUGCGACUCGAAUUGAAGAACAGAGACCCCAUACUGAGUGGCGGCUCUCCCGAUGUCAAGAUCUUGCUGUUCUGCUUGAAGGAUGGAGCAGAUUUCUGCUUCGGAAAGAUUUGGUUGAAGACGAAGUAGGAAUCGACACUGCCGCCAUUCUGCUCCAAGACCGGCAAAAAGGACUGUUAUAAACAUGUCCUUUGGAAAGUAUCCGUCGCACUUUUCCAAUUGGUCACGAAGUGUUCGAGCCCUGUUAACGUAAUCCGAAACAUUCUCGUUGCCCUGCAUCUGUAUAGUUGUCAGUUGUGAGAAAUUUACUCACGAAAAUUGUGUCCCGUGCCAUAUACAACCCCUUCAAAUGUGUCCAUGCAGAUUCAGCUGGAGUCGGACUGGUGUGAAGCGAGCGUAUACCGAGCUGCUCUUUCAGCGUCAGAUUGUGGAUAAGGACGGUGUAAGCGCUGAGUGAUGCAUGAAGAAAACUCUGUUGUUCCAUCUGUGUUCUCGUAACAGGAUACGAGUAAUCGCCACUGAAGAACGGCCACAGCCCCACGGAUUUCGUGAGAAAUUCGAAUUCGAAGCUCCAGGCGUAGAAGUCG